UCCGCAUCAGCAUGCAAUUGUUGUGACCAACAUACGUACACAACAAUGCGGGUGCGCUGUUCGGUCCUGCUUGUAUUGGGCUCCGCCAGGGGCCUGGUAGCGAAUGAAAGAUGUGAAACAUUGUCACUGAGGCUACGGCAGGCUCAAACGCCGCCCCACGGCCACAACGAGGGUGCACCGCUCGCGUGGCAAAAUAGGGGUUUGACUCGUGCCGCCUUGUGCUGCCGGGGGGGAUCAACAGCAGCAGCUUCCACAUUGGCAGCAGCAGCAACAGCAACAGGAGGAGAGAGGAGGGGAGGGGGUUCAUGCCUUGGAAAGCAGAGUACUGGAAAGGGGGUCGCGAAGAAGGGGUGGGGGCAACUGGGACGAGCCUCGUCAUCAAACGAGCUUGUUAGUCGGCGAGGAGGAGAAAACGUGGCUUCCUCAGCAGAUGUUGCCAAGCAGGCCUACCGGACUGCCCUUCUCAGAACGGCCCUACUCGUCUGCUCCGCGGGAGCUUUCGGAAUGGGCACUUGGGUCGUGAAGGGAAAAACUUCCGCCCUCGAGUUUUUCGCGGGCUACAUCGUCGAGCAGUCCUUGUCGGUAGACAACCUCUUCAUCUUCAUCAUGCUAUUCGACUACUUUAAGGUCCCUGCGGAGUUUCAGUCGCGCGUGUUGAACUGGGGAAUCAUCGGAGCCGUGUCGAUGCGGGCGAUCAUGAUCGUCGUGGGCGUGGCUGCGAUACAGCGAUUCCGAGGCGUGAUGCUGGUCUUUGCCGGCAUCUUGGUGGUUUCUUCCUUGAAGCUUCUCAUGGAAGGUGUUGAAGAGGACCACGCGGAUAGCUCUGCUCUCGAGGGCAACAUGGUGCUUCGAGUCGCGAACUGGAUGAUGGACUCGACCGACUACUACGAUGGGGAGAAGUUCUUUACACUGGUGGACGGCGCCAAGAAGGCCACGCCUCUUCUGCUGUGCCUGAUCUGCAUCGAGAUGACAGACUUCGUCUUUGCGGUGGAUUCGAUCCCGGCCGUCCUUGCCAUCUCUCAGGACACGUUCAUCGUUUACGCUUCUAACGUAUUCGCCAUCUGCGCAAUGCGAAGCAUCUACACCCUCGUGAGCCACGCCAUCUCCGACUUGCCGUACCUCAAGCCUGCCGUGGCCCUUGUGCUCGGCUUCGUGGGGGGCAAGAUGUUCGCGGAGUUCUUCCACUACGAAAUUGGCGUUGGGACCUCGCUGUCAGUGGUGUGCGGCUUGUUGGCCAUCGGCGUCAUCGCCAGCGUGAUCUCGAACAAGCGGCGAGAUGCCGCCCUCGCCGCCGCCGAUGCCUCGGCGGUGACCGGCGGUGGCUCCUCCGGGUUGACAUUCGAAUCAUUCUCAGCUGAAAACGACGGCAGGGAAGGAGGGGGCGGAGGACGAGGGUUCGCCGGUGCUGCAGCGGCCGCUUUUGCCUCUGAAGCUGGUGGGGAGGAGAGCACCCCCCCGGCGGUGUCAGCGAUGCAGCUGGCGGGGGUGCAAGAUAAAGCGAUCGCAGCUUCGAAGGCCGCGGACGCGGCAGUAGCUACGGCGGGGGAUGCCGCCGACGAUGCGGCGGCAGCGGCGGAGGCUGCGGGGGCGACAGCGUUGGCCGAGGGCGCCGCGCCCGUCAAAAGAGGCCUCGUAAAAGGAGCUGCUUUUGGGAUGGAGCCGGCCAGGAAGGUCGGGGGGGAUGCGGAGAAGCAGGGCUUCUCUGACGGGGUCGCGGAGGGCAUGGAUGGCGAGGGCAAGGAUGACGCUUAAUUGGGAAAGAGAAGCAAGCGCCGCAGUCCUAUGUUUUAUAAUUGGCUUCCGGGUGCAGUAGACCCCGAGAGCAGGGAUGUUGGAAGCGAGCGUUAAAGGCAUAGGGCUAAUAAAUUUGGCGCCGUUUCCUCUUUGACCGUUGGUUGAUGUUACCCUGAAACUUUGGUGCCCUAGAUGUGAGUGUCCAUGAUUUUAUCGAACGGCAGGUUCUGCUGCUGCUAUUUUUCCUCUUGAUGAGACCUACGGUCAGCGAUCUGGUUCCCUCCAAGCAAAGUUCAUUUUUUGCGUUCAUCUUUUUGCCUUCUGGCCCAUCCUUCACCCGAAUUUCCAGUCCGUGUGACGGAAGAACAUAUCGAAUGCACAAGAACAUGCGGUAAGUCAUUGCACCAACGGCGGUGGAAAACUAUGCUUGCUUGUUGUACGUUUUGGGGGCGGGGGGCUGAUUGCACGACGUUGCCUGUCUACUGCACAGCGUAAUAUGGUUACAUCCGCGUCAUGACCGCCCUAAUAAUUGGCGGUGUCAACAUUAAGGCGCAUUUGCAAGCUUUGCAUAGUACCUUGAUAUACCUGCACAUCUUUCACAUUUGUAGUGUAGAUCUUGAUUGGGAGCGGGACGCGCCUGGUUGAGUGGCGGCAUGAGGGUGCCGCACGGACAGUAAUGCGAUCAUGCGAUACCCCCCCACAACGGAGGCUGUUCGGUGGUCAGAUCGUCCAAAAGCUUUAUACAGGAACAGUCGCUUUCCUGGCAAUAUUAUCCCAAAUGUCGUAAGCCGUAUGCUACGUGUCUUGUUAGAGUCGCUUCAGUUGCUCCUGCUACUUCGACGCAGGCCCAGCCAUCCUUGUCGGGAGCAAGACUGAGCUGAAAGUCGCUUGAACCUAUGAGCCAGAGCGAGUCGUUGUUCUCGUCGCGCUCUGCAGCUCGGGCGGCGCUUCACCAUAAGUGUUGCCGAUAACGAGUAUCUUUUAACACGGCUGUAUGAAGAUAGGCAGUGCACGUUGUUUCGAGAAUAGGUUCUUCCUGCAGAGCAGGAGUACCGCGGAUGUAAUAGUCGUGGUCCCAAGAGCAAGAAUGAGGUGUGCUUUUUGCAUUCACUGUUCAGUUCAACGACGGUAGUUUUGACCCAGUUUUUGAUCGACCCGGCGUGCCGACUGUGCCCAGCUCUGAGACGGUUCUACCACAUCACACAAGCCAGACUUGAGC